AUGGACUUUUUCGCACUAAUCGCCAUCGUCUUGGCCUUCUACGUCGCUCUUAUGUUUUUGGAUUUCACGUUCAAGUCCUGUUCACACUAUCCGUACUUGAUGUUAAUACAAAAGACAGGAUUAAGUGUUGGGCCUUUUCAAUUACGAUGGUACACAACGUCGUUGAAUCGUCUUAUAUUGAAAAUGUCAUUUUGGCAUCCAAAAUUCCAAACCAAUUGGUUCACUUUCGGGUCUUGGAUUACUAUUUGUAUGAUUAUACCAUCUAUAUGUCUGGUUAUUGUAUCUUCUGCCCAAUUGUGUAAAAAAAUAUUCACAGAGCCUACUAGUGAACCAUCAGGCAACCAGCAAGAUACAUUUCUUGAACCAAUAUUACCUGGGAUCAAUUUACCAAUGUCAGACUUAAGCUAUUAUGUAUUUGCACUUAUGUUUUCGACAGUUUUCCAUGAACUAGGUCAUGCAUUAGCAGCAAUCAGGGAAGACAUGCAUGUGGAAGGUGUUGGUUUAAUGUUUAUAUUGAUUUUACCUGUGGCUUAUGUUCAUUUGGAUGACAUUACCUCGUUGCCAAGUAGCAAACAGCUUCGAGUUAUGUCGGCCGGCGUGUGGCACAACAUAGUUCAAGCUCUCAUGGCCUAUCUUGUUUUAUGGCUCUUACCAUAUAUGUUGUUUCCAUUUUUUACAGUAGGGCAUGGUGUCAUGACCACCCAAAUAAAUCAGAAAUCAGGUGUUAAUGGGCAAGGAGGACUAGUUACUGGUGAUGUUAUUACAAAAUUGGGGAACUGUGAUGUGCAUGAUUUUGAUUCUUGGAUAGAUUGUUUAAAUCGCACUAAGACAAGUGUAGAUUCUGGAUUUUGUUUGUCACCAGAAUUUGUUCAACAUCAUGACGAAACAAAACCAGUGCAUUAUGUAGAUGAAUAUAUAAUAAACUGCUGUGAUCCAAACUCAAAGACCAAUUUGUGUUUUGAGUAUAUUGAAUCGCUGUCCAAUCCUCAAGAACUACCAAAUCAUUCCUGCUUAAAUGUUAGAAAAGUUAUAGAAAGGUCAACAUCACCCUGUGAUGCUGAUAACCAAUGUUCAUCUGCCCAUUGUUAUUUUCCUGCAAUUCGUAAGAAUCAUAAACUUGUGGUUAUCAAACGUGAAAAAAAAAACGAAGUCUUAUUUCUUGGACAGCCUACAGAACUGCAAUACAUAUCUGUUACCCAAUAUGUACCCAAGACUGAUUAUCUACCAAUUAGUAUACCGGAAUCCAUUGAAAAAUUUUGUAAAUACCUAAUAAUGUUUGCAGGAGGUUUAGCCGUCAUAAACGUAAUACCCUGUUUUUAUUUUGACGGAGAAAAAAUAUCAAGGGUAUUAGUGAAUACAAUGCUGAAGGAACACGUUGAACACUUGAGUGUUCGAUUAGCAAUUUCUAUUUGUUUGACAAUUUUUGGUUCUUUAAUAUUGAUUAUUUAUAUGAUAUUAGGGUUUUGGUCUCUGAUAAAAAUUAUAAACUAG